CCGGCGCGAGUGCGGCCGCGUGAUUUGUCGCCGCGCGCACACGCGCACACUCGCUGCUCGAUCAUCGGCGAUCGAUCGUCAGCGUGGCGUGGCCGAACCGAACCGUCGCGCGAUCAGUGCGCGUCGCGCCGCGUGAUCGUACAUUUCGUUUCGUCGCGUCGCGCUCGUCGUCGGACGAGCGCACGUGCAGCGCGCUUACUAGUGCAGUGUGCGUGCGAGUUUGCGCGAGAUACAAAUUCCUCGCUCAUAACGGAUCCGAGAUUCUUCGAGGAGGUCGCGGCGAGAGCGGCGGUGCGCGAAGCUUCAACGAGAGAUCGAACGGAACGUGUACCGUCGUCUUUUUCGCAAAAUAACGAGUUUCGCGCGACGUGACGCGACUGAUGAGUUAAUAAGGAACGGCAUGGCAAUAACCCGCCGUCGCACAGCUGUUUUCUGCGAAACGUACGAUGUACCGUCGCCGAGCUCGUCCUCGCGGUUGUAAUAUAUAUUGAUGCUACAUUGAAGAAGAGGAGAAUGAAUAAGAAUAAGAACAUUGAACAGCAAUUCACAUAAAAGUAGAGUGAAUCGACUGAUCAAGCCUUGAAAAAGGACGAGAUGAAUCCUUCACCUACUGCCAAUCGGAGUUUCCUUCACGGAAGUGGCAAGGCUGCCCUAAUCUCUAACAAAGUCGUUUACGCCACUCUCGAUAGCUUAGCCCUAAAACGAACGCGAUUACCUCUACAAUUGCUUCCCGUGGAGGGCGACAAUGUCGUAGAUAUACCAGAUAAAAAAGAAAAAAGACUCGUCAAUGGAAAAACUUUAAUUAAACGACCAUCUUACAAGGUGAAAUCCGGAACGAGUCAUCAGUGGAAAAGUUACUCCAAGUGCCUGGCCUUCUCCUCCACGAAGACGGAGAACCAGUCGACAACUCGUGCCACCAGAAUACUAGAUUCCGGAACCGAAUGCAAUAUCGAAAAUACUACCGCAAAGGAAAUUCAGACACCAAUAAAUGCGACGGGAGUCGUAGAAAAUACCAUAGAAAGUUCAUUUUCUACAAGGCUGUCGGCGAAAGAAGAACUUCACACUAAGGACUUUCGAAGCGACAAUAACGAUGAUUCAGCACCGACGCAAACGGAGACGAAUUCUCGCGAUGGUACCAAUCUCGAAGAUCAAAAUGAAAAAGAAAAAUGCUCGAUCGAAAGAAGAAACUCCAAUACAUCCAGCGACUACGAAAGGAUUAGCCUAACAGACUACAAAGUGUCUACAUACGAUCUUCAAGUUCCAGAUGAGAUAACUCCCGAAUCCAUCGUACACAUUUACAAGAUCGAGAAAAAUUCUCCGGUUCCUCCAAAGAUAGUCACGAAGUCGCAGUCCGUGAACGAUCUAGCGACGAGAGAGGCGUAUGAGAACCCAUUCGUGGAAUACUCGAAUCAAGACACGGGGUCGAUUACGAGCGACGAGAACGAUGACGCGUCGUCGUCGCGGCAUAAGAAGAAGAAGAGGCGAUUUACUAGAAACGUACUGCACUAUGUACCGCGGCCUCUGGUAAAGCAGCCUAAGAAGAAGAAGAAGAAGCUAAAGAAGAAACUCACUCUGAGUAGCUCGCUGAGCUCCCUGAAAUCAUUGCAAACAGCACCCUUUCCGGACCGGACCGUCCCGAACUCGUGCGCCAAGACCAGAAGCCUGUCCAGGGACGAGUUGAGGACCGCGAUUAUCUCGUCGCCCACAAACUUCGUUCACGUGGCGUCCGCUACGAAUCCCAACCUGGUACGGGACCCCGUCGGUUUCGAUCUGGAGCAGAUCGUGAUUACUCAUCAGCAGAUAUGCGCCACGUUACCUCUACUCAUUGGAAAGGACGAGCGAGAUAAAAGCGAUCGAACGAACUACGCGGAGAUACAGAGCGACUUCUCGCAAGCGGCACAAGUUUUGGAAUCCGCCCAGAUAGUGAAAAUCGCGACUGGGAAUCAAACCGUUUCGCCGGAAGAGAUGUACGAGCCGGUCUGCGAGUCUUCCCCUACGGCAUUGCCACGGGCCAACUGCAGCUUUCUGUGGAGCAAUCAUGGGGCGAAGACUUUUCCAAAUGACAAGCCCGACGCGACGGCUACGUACCAUGCCUCAAGGGAAAACGACGACGGCACCGACAGCGAGGGAUACGACGACGUCGGACCAUCGAACUUCGUCGGUCAAGCGGAAUCCGACUACGACGACGUGGGUCCGCCAACCUCUCGCCUCGAGGCGCCCAUCGCUGACGCUAACUGCGAGGAGAUUUACGACGAUGUGAUGCCGCCCAGCUUCAAGCAGGACAGUUCGAAACCCGUCGACGAGAGCGAUUACCUGAUUCCGGAAGCCAGCAACGAGGUGUCGCGAAAGGAGCCGCCCGUGGAAUUGCCAGCGACGUCUAAGAGUCGCGCGGCGGAGACGAACGACGAUCAGUAUUUCUCGACGACGAACAAUGAAUAUUCCAGCGUAGACUGCGAAAGUCAUCUGGGCGAGGAGGAGCGGGACGAGCUGGGUGUGUAUGACGACGUCGGCCUGCCGCCCGGCGAGGAACGUGUCAAUAGCCUUUAUGCCGGCUCCACACGCGUCUCCGUCACAGGAUUGACCUCGAUGAACGGCAAGGAAUCCGAGUGGGAGGACCUGGAAGAGGCCUCGUGUGCCUCGCGCUGCCCUUGUCAGUCUAAUGAUCCGUGCGAUAGGGGGACCGAAGGACAAGUCGCCCCGAGCAAGAAGAAGCUCGCUCAACGAUGGUCACGGAAUGUCAGGAAGCAACGGUCCAGGAGAUCUCGCAGAAGCAUCAAAACGACACGGAUGACCCGCGAUACCGCCGUCGACGACAACGUUUCCGAUGACAGCACGUACGAGAGUCUGUAUUCCUGCCAGCCGGAUGACUUCAGCAGCGAUUCGGAAACAGAAACGAGCAUUACGCGGCAGCCGCAUGGCGAUCGUGUAAUCGACGCUUAUCUAGAAUGCCCUACGAGGCCGACUCCGCCGCCGCCAAGAGAGGCCAGUCUAACUCAGACCCUGGGCAGGCGGAUAAAGAUGCUGCGCAGGACCUGGAGCAUCACCAAGGGCAGCCUGGGCAGGAUCAGGCGGCGAACGUCCAUCGACGAGUCCGGCUUUGACGACAAGGAGCAGUCCGUCGUCAAUGAGCCUCACGCCGACGCUGGAAGGUACUUCAAUUUCCGGUUGAAGCACUUCAGCCGAAAGAACGUCGUUAGCCCGCCGACUUUCUAUCUUGAUGAGAACGACGGAAACGAUGGCAUUCGCGACAACAACAACGGCAACGUCAAGGAGGCGAUUUACACCAAUAGCCAGUACAUGGGAAGCGGCAGCGACGACUCCUCGAAAACUUCGACCGGCGUUGAUGUCGAUCAUUACAGUGUGCUUGCCGAUCAGGAGCCUCUCUAUCAGUUUUAUGCGGCCGCGGUGGCUCGCGUUGCUUUCGAAUCGGAUUCCGAAGGCUACGAAGAGGUAGAAGAUAUGAUGUGGAAAACGGAACCAGCUGCGGCAGAGCUUGCUAGAUCAGGACAAAGAAUGCUCUGGUGUCACACUCCACAAGUAAUACAUAGUGGCCUCUUACGAAAACUAACCCCGGAAGAGAAGAAGAUUCAGGAAGCAAAGUUCGAGAUCUUAACGUCCGAAGCAUCGUACUUAAAUUCUCUUCGAGUCCUAGAGAACGAGUUCCUCAAUAAUAAUACACUAAUGAAUGAGAUUCUAAGGCCGAUCGAGAGAAAGAAAUUAUUCGGUGGGGUCCCGAGCGUGUUAUCGGCGUCGCAAACGUUCCUAGCUGAACUGGAAGCUGUGUGGAGGGAAGAUCCGAUGUUGCCAGGCUUAUCGGAGGUAUUGCUGAAGCAUGCCGAAAAGUGUCAGGCCACGUAUGUGGCGUAUUGCUCGAAUCAAGUCAGCAUUGACACAACCCUGAAAGAACUCAAAGAUCGGAGAGGCGUAAAGUUCUUAGAAGCUAUCAAUCGCAUACAGAUGCGACCGGCAUGCCAAAAUCUAUCUCUGCAUUCCUUCCUAAUGCUACCAAUGCAGCGUGUUACAAGAUUACCCUUACUAGCUGACGCCAUUCUUUCCAAAUUAUCGAUGGGAAAUUCAGACAGAAUGUCUUGGGAGAAGGUUUUAUCGACUUUGAGUAACGUCGUUGCUGAAUGUAACGAAGGUGCGCGGGCUGCUGCGCAAGAAGCCGAAAUGGAAGCUUUGGCAAGGAAACUGGAGUAUGCCUCGAAAAUUAAACCAAUCAUGCUGAGAGGCAAGCAAUUAGUUAGAAGUGGAUCGGUCGUGCAAUUGUCAACAAAAACGGACACCGAAUAUAAGCUCACAUUCGGGAAGAAAUUUAUCAAGACGCCACUCUACCUUCUACUACUCACUGAUUAUCUUCUAGUCACAAAAUUGAAAUCUAAUGCUCAUGACGAAUGCUACACCGUCAUAGACGCGUGCAAACGUAAUCUUCUGGCCCUAGAGUCGGCUUCCGAAGAAUCGCCAUUUGCCGGUCGGAACGCUAUGAUAUUGACUUUUCUGGAGAAUCAUUGCGGCAGCCACGUAGAAUAUAUCUUGACGUGCAAGAAUAAUACGGAACGAGAACGAUGGUUGGAGGCUGUCUCGCCGCCUAAACGUGGCUUAGUUGGAGAAACGUUGUAUGAAUCUUGGGACUGCCCGCAAGUGAUGGCCAAGCACCCAUAUUCACCAAAUCAACCAGACGAGCUGUCCUUACAGCCAGGAGACGUAAUAAACGUACUAAGGAAAAUGGCAGAUGGUUGGUAUCACGGUGAAAAAUUGUUAGACGGCGAGCAAGGAUGGUUUCCGGCGAAUCAUACAAAAGAGGUUGCAUCGGAGCACGUGCGUGCACGGAAUCUAAAGCAACGACACCGUCUUUUAGCACUCAGCAAUAGCGUAAUACAACAAAGAAGAGCGAAACAAAAUCAGGGGAUUCAUUGACGAAAUUAAAAUGUGAUCUGAGCUAGAAUCACUCAGACAUUGUGAUCGUUAAUAAAUUAUUUGUUUAUACAUACGCGAUUUCUAUGAUAUUUCAGUAUUGAAUAUCCUGAUUAACUAUGUGCCAAUGUAAUGUUACUCGUUAAAACAAUUUUCUAAAAUCUUUUACUGUAUAUUGAAGCUACAGAAAGCUGAUGAGAAAGGUGUAAUGGUAUAUUUUAUAUAUUUCUCCUUUGGCUUUCUCAACAAUUGGGUUUUUACGAGGUCGGGGUGUUAGCCCGACGCCCAACCCUCCUCCUUUAUCCGAGCUUGGGACCGGCAGGGAGACUUAUCCAUAACAAGCCCCCCAGGCGGAGCUAUUUUACAUAUAUAUUGUAUAUAAAGCUGUGAAGAGAGAAAAAAAGAGAGAAUGUGUAACAAAAGUAUGUCAUUUAUUAUUUUUAUACAAAUACAAUAUAAACGUCAUUUAUAUACUUCUUUAUUCUUAAAUAUGUUCGACUUGGUCUAGUAUAAGAAUGUCUGAACUUAAAAAAUGGAAUAAAAAUCAGUUGAAAUGAAAGAUACAGAGA